CUUGGCUCUUACGGAUUGUCAUAAAUUGAACUGAUACCGUGAUACGAGCCUCAGUUAUGCCAGCAGAAGUUACGUCGUGUCGAACAUUACCUGUUGAAACAUGGGACAACAUCGUCGAUUUUCUCCGGAACGACCGGCAAGCGCUCAUGACAUGCAGCCUUACUUGCCGCACAUUGCUUCCCGCAUCUCAGCGUCAGAUGUUCUAUCAUGUCUGUCUCGACAACGAAACCCGUUACUACUCAUUCAACAAGAUCCUCGCCGAGCGCAACUACGUGAAGCAAUACGUCCGGGUGCUCUCUAUCUGCGGAGACGGCAAGGAGGACAGCGAAUACAUGAGGUUUCCGUCUAACGGCAAAUGGACACACCUCUUGAUAGAGCUGGAACGCCUUGCGCACCUUCGACUACGUGAUUUCUCUUGCUCCCUUCCUCGAGAAUUGAGACGGCACACGGGCACCCUCGUCAAAUGCAUGCGAACACUAGAUUUCGCGUGGAUGGAAAGCAGGUCAGACGACCUGGAUUGGUUGAUAUCUGCCUGCAGUGCCAACCUGUCGAUCCUGAUACUCUUCUCAACGCCUGCCUCACCGGGACCGUCUAACAGCGCCAUCAGGACAUUGGUCUGGAACACGAGUGCGGCUGCCAUUGGUGAAGUCAUUCCCGUGACCAUGCUCAUGGACUGGCCCAUGGAAGCGCGGCGGUGCCUGCGGAGACUGGCCAUAACGCAGAUCUAUCCAGAUUUCACUCCAGCGGCGCUCGCGCAGAAACUGCUCAGCGAUUCAGGAGACUCGCUGGAGCACUUGUUUCUCGACUUCGUGGACCUGGAAGAUGACCUCGACACAGCUUUCCACCUCGACUUUAGCACCAACAGCGGCCUCGAAACACUACACAUUGCCCUUCCACUCUGCCUCCUGCCGGAUCUAACGAACGCGUUAGUUGGACCGCUCUCUCAAGACAUGUUAAGGAGCCUCACUUCCAUCGUCAUCCGUCUCAUCUCCCGCGAGGGGACUGCUCAUCAAUUCGUAAACUGGCUGCGAUUCUGUUCACACCUCGGUGACAUCUGUGUCACCCAUCCCCUAAUCAACUUCACAGUUUGCUUCGAUUUCAGAUACAGGGAUGGCGUGUCCGUCCCCGCAGAAAAUCCAGACUUGGACGGUGUUAUCCCAGAUGACGAAGUGGCCUCGAUUACGGAGAUCUACGCAGAUCUAACCGCCACACUCGUAGACGAUCUCCCACCGCCCGAUAAGACGGGAGGGAGAGUGCGGUUUGGUAUCGUCUGGUUGUGGGCCGCUGGGGAAUCUGUGUUUUGGACGACCGACCAUGGACGGCGCUAUCCGCCAGAGUACUUUCUCGGUGAUCCGGAAUGGUACUACGAGGCUCAAGCUCCCUGGGACUUCUAACUCCUCCAUGCAUGCAGUCGGUCAUUUGCGACAACUAGCUCAACGUCCCCGCGCAUCUCGUACACGCGUGCGUGGAGCCCGUUCGACGCGGAUACUUGAGAACGGGAGGUGGUUGUUGGAGUUCUUGGUUGUGCCGGUCCAGGACGAGGCGGUCCAUACAGCUGUACUUUCGAAGGUCUGCGGAUUAUACCGAACAGCAGGGAUCUUGCGAGGCUAGUAAACGACCACAAACCUCGAAUAUGAAGGAGCGUACUG